AAUUUUUACUACUAUAACUAAUAUUGAAGCAUAUAAAGAAAUGUUUAUUUCAUUUUUUAAUUAUAUUGAAAUAUUAACAUCUCAAAAACUUCAAUUUCAACAUAUUCAUAAUACUGGAUUAGGUUGUAUUGUUGUUGAUUUAGAUUUGGCUCAAGCAAAAGGUUUAGGAAAAGCUUUAAAAACAAUUAAUCCUUCAAAAAAAAAAAAGAACAUUUGGAAUAUAUUAUUAAAUCAUAAUUCUACUCUAUUUGAUACUAAUAUUGUUGAAACAGCAUAUGCAUCUAUAAAUAGAGAAGGAACAAAAUUAAAACUUAGAGUAGCAAUUAUAAA